UCCCUAAAACCCAAUUAACUAACAUUGACCCUUUCUUUAUAAUCUUGCUUUCUCUUAAUCUAAUCAUUAGUUAAUUUCAAAUUGAAAUUAACACUCAUUCAACAAAAGGACAAAAUCUUCUCUUUGAAUUCUCCAUCAUUUUCAUAUCCUCUAGUUGUUAACACAACACAAUCAAAGAAGAAAAAAAAAAUUAUAAAGCCUAAAACGGUGUCGCAUAGAACGCAAAAAACGGUGUCGUAUAGAGGAACAUAGAAGAGAAAUGAGGUGUAAGAAACACUUGCCGGAUAUUUCCAGCACCGUCGGCGUUUGCGCCUCUUGCCUCCGUGAGCGCCUCCUGAAAAUCGUCGAGAGUCAGGCGCAACCGUCGCGUGUCUCUGUCUCGGAACCAAAACUUCCGUCGUUGGAGCCGAUUUUUCCAAGGUCGGUUUCUCCGUACGUUGCACACCGGAAAUCAGAUGAUCGCCGGCGGGAGGUUUUGUUUCGUAGUACACCGCAAGGUGAUCGUGGAUUAUCCGCCGCGUGCGACGGAGCAACGACGCAAUCUUCGAAGAGGAGGAUAAGGAAAUUCUGGAUUCUGUCAGAUUUGUACCGUCCGAGAUCUAGUAAGACGGAGAAUUCCUCUGGAGAAUCGUGUGAACCGUCGUCUUCAGUUUCUCCUCGUUCGUUGACGUGGCUAUCGGCGAUUCUCCCUGUCCGACGGCAGAACAACCGCGUCAGCGAUCAACGGAGGUGCCGUGAAAUGAAUCGGGGAGCAACACCGGUUGAUAAGGAAAAUUUCGAAGGACGGGAUCAAUCGGAAUUAGGAACCUCGUUGGAAUCUUCGCCGUAUAGAAAUAAGACGACGGCGGUUACCACACGGCGGUCACGGCUAGGUUACGCCGGAAAAAGCUUAGCGAGCAUGGCGUUGUGUUUGAGUCCGAUGGUUCGGGCGAGUCCGAACCGGAACUGGAGCAACCAUAACCAUAAGGGGUUUUCGCAGGAAUUGGGUGUGGGUGGGGUGCAGCAUAUAUCCACUGCAGCCUCAAUGUGUGCCAAUCGAUCAAAGAAGCUUGUUGAUCUGGGAAAAGUUGCUCAUAAUCACAAACGUUGAUUUUAUUUACCUUUGAUGGAAUUUUACCGUGAGAAUCAACAAUGUGGAAUGUUAUUGAAAGCUUAAUAUCACUGUCAUGAUUUUGCAGCUCUGUGUAUUUUUUUCAGAUUCUGAAAUUGUAACAGGUAAUAGUUUGGAGCAAAUUACUUGUAACAAUAUUGUUCAUAUUGUAUCCAGUGGAAAAAGCCUCAAUUUUAUAAAUGUGACGAGUAAAUAAACAACAUAGU